GGGACUGACGCCGCUCACGUCGGCGUCCCCUAGGAUCCGGAGCCGGGCGAGGGGUCGGAGGAGACGGAGCGGGGAGCGGAUCCCGACGAGGAUUUGGAGAAGCUGACGAUGGGCUCCACCUACAGCCUGGCGCCGUGGGGGCUCAGCAGCCCCGAGCUGUACGAUGUGUCGCUGUGGCUGACCGUGGUCAAGGAGUCCGGCUCGAGCCCAACAGGAGCUCGAUCGCUGCUCUGCGCAGAUUCCCGUGGAUCCCUUUGGUGUUCCCUGUGGGAUCCCACUGUCACCCCAGUGGAGCAGGCAAACCCGCAGGAGCAGCCCAAUUGGACUCGGAAACAGGUUCACUCUGACAGAGUAACAGCGGUGACAGAGACCGAGGAGCUGAUUGUAACAGGAUCGUACGACCGGACUGUUCGCUUGUGGGAUCGCCAGUCUCUGAAGCAGGUUGGCCUGUUCACCUGUCAGGCUCCAGUCCUGUGCCUGGAGGCGAAUCCAGCCGACCUGAGCCUCGGGGCCUGCGGGGACGCCGCGGGUGACCUCUACUUCCUGCGCUGGAGCAGCUGCCCCUCCCCGGUCGAGGGAUAGACGGACCUGCAGGCUCAGGAGCGGUCACAGUCUCUCCCUGAGGGUCCCUUUUCAAAGGCUGACAUCUCCAUCCCGGUUAACACUUUCUAAGUGACUCUGUUGGCUAGAACGGAGCGUGAUAUUGAUGAACUUCUCGCUUACCCAGUACUGUGGGUCAAUUUGAAUCCCGUUACCCCUUGCCUGAUGGUGUUCCCUAGGGAAGUUCCUGUCAUGCUUUAAUUUCAACGAGAACAGCGUGAGCCCAGGUUCCACCGGCUCUCUGGUAGAGGGGAGCGGGGGUGGAGAGGUGCCCUUAGUCCUGAGGACCACUCAGGAACAGCACUGAUCAUGUACAGUCAGCCUCAGCAAAUAAAGGCAAUGAUACCA